AUGGGUCUUAUCACAGAUAUUCUGGACGGUGUCUGCAAAUAUUGCUCAACGCAGUCAAUAUGGAUGCUUGGAGGAGUUGGAUUACUGUCGCUGCUCGCUGUGGCUGUCGUUGUCAACGUCUUGCGCCAGCUUCUUUUCAAAAAUCCCAACGAACCCCCCCUUGUCUUCCAUUGGUUUCCCUUCAUUGGUAGCACCAUCAGUUAUGGCAUUGAUCCAUAUAAGUUCUUUUUCGAUUGUCGGGCGAAGUAUGGUGAUAUCUUCACAUUCAUCCUCCUUGGCAAGAAGACAACCGUAUACCUCGGCACCAAGGGCAAUGACUUUAUUUUGAAUGGCAAGCUACGAGAUGUGUGCGCCGAAGAAGUUUACUCGCCAUUAACUACGCCUGUCUUCGGACGCCAUGUCGUGUACGAUUGCCCCAACGCCAAGCUCAUGGAGCAGAAGAAGUUUGUCAAAUUCGGUCUCACAUCCGAUGCACUCCGUUCAUAUGUACAUCUGAUCACGGACGAACUCGAGAGUUUUGUCAAAUCUUCUUCAGCUUUCCAGGGGCCCAAGGGCGUUUUCGAUGUAUGCAAGACAAUCGCUGAGAUCACCAUCUAUACUGCCUCGCGGUCGCUUCAAGGGAAGGAAGUUCGGAACAAGUUUGAUUCUACAUUUGCUGAGCUGUAUCAUGAUCUUGACAUGGGAUUCGCUCCUAUCAACUUCAUGUUGCCCUGGGCUCCUCUGCCCCAUAACCGGAAGCGUGAUGCUGCACAGCGGAAGUUGACAGAAACAUACAUGGAGAUAAUUAAAGCGCGCCGUCAGGCUGGAAACGAGAAGGACUCCGAAGAUAUGGUCUGGAACCUCAUGUCUUGUGUGUACAAGAAUGGUGUUCCAGUCCCCGACGAAGAAAUCGCACACAUGAUGAUUGCGUUAUUGAUGGCGGGCCAACAUUCCUCCUCUUCUACUGCCGCUUGGAUUGUUCUUCGUCUUGCAACGCGGCCGGAUAUUAUGGAAGAACUCUACCAGGAGCAAUUACGUGUCCUUGGAUCCGAUCUUCCCCCUCUUACCUACGACAGCCUGCAAAAGCUGGAUCUGCAUGCAAAGGUUAUCAAGGAGACUCUACGUCUACACGCACCGAUUCACUCUAUCAUUCGAGCUGUGAAGAACCCAAUGCCGGUAGAAGGUACACCUUAUGUGAUUCCGACCUCCCACAAUGUUCUUUCCUCUCCAGGCGUCACUGCGCGAUCUGAAGAGCAUUUUGCUGAUCCCCUUGAAUGGAAUCCUCACCGCUGGGAUGAGCAUAUCGUCGAGAAUGAUGAGGAUGAAGAGAAGAUCGACUAUGGAUACGGCCUCGUCAACAAAGGCACUAACAGCCCAUAUCUUCCUUUCGGUGCUGGACGACACAGGUGUAUCGGCGAGCAAUUUGCGUAUGUCCAACUUGGCACUAUUACCGCUGGACUUGCGCGGUUAUUCAAAUUUCGUAAUCUGCCAGAUAUUGAAGGCAUCCCAGACACGGACUACUCGUCUUUAUUCUCCAAGCCUCUGGGCAAAUCUGUUGUACAAUUUGAGAAGCGCGAGCCUGCUCUCAAAGCAUGA